AUGGUGCUGAGGUGGUCUAAUGGCGCUCUGACAGACACUCAUCAAUUUUUUCUGGGAGGUAACUUAUUGCCGGUGAUGACCGUUUCCAUGGCUGUUGAGUUCAGAGCUGAAGUUGAAGAGAGUGUAAGAGUACUAAAAAAUGCUGCCAAAACAAGAAAGGUUCCAGGAGAGGAGAUCAUGGCUGCUUUCUCUGACAUUGAGAGAAGCAAAAUUGAUUCCUCCAGGUUUCUUGAAACACUCGGUGGAACCAAAUCUCCUGGGAGGACGUGGAUGCUCAUUUUUACGGCUGAGAAAGGGUUAGGAAAAGGGAAAUAUUUCCCAAUCACAGCCAUUCAGAGAUUUGAUGCAGCUGCAAAGAGGAUUGAAAAUGGCGUCUACCUGGGGCCUCUUGGAUUCUUGACAUUUGAAGGGCCAUUUUCAUGGAAGAAUAGGAUUCUAGCUUUUGUAUUUGAGCGGCUUCGGAUAAAAAUUGGACCCUUUGAUCCUUUUGAUAUCAGUAUUAAGGGAAAAGAAGAAAGAGAACCGAGCAAUAAGGAUAAGGAUCCAUUUUUCAUCUGGUUUUACAUUGAUGAGGAAAUAGCCGUUGCUCGAGGACGGAGUGGAGGGACAGCUUUCUGGGUCCGUUGUCGACGUGUCAGCUAGUCGUGAAAGCAUUUGUAUGUAUGUAUAUUUUGACUCUCCCAAUGCACAUGACAUUAGAUAGAUAUAUUAUACUAAUGAAAUUGUGAAGUGUAUGGCAUAUGUAAAGGAACAAGGAGAGAGAUUGUCAAUAUUAUAGGGAUCGUUCCUUUC